CUGAAAAAGUUGUGACUCUUCUCCAAGGGUUCCCAUCUUUUCUCCGCCCUCACCACCUUCAGCCCCUCUGGGCCCCAGGGCCAAGAGAGGUCUGCACUCAGGUGGCAAAAGGCCUCCCGGUGACGCACAUAUUCUGCUGGGGCUAAACGUGGCAUUUCAGCCACCACACUGCGCUGGUGAUGGGAUUUUCAUCCGGAGGUACUCAGCCCCCCACGUUCCACUGAAGGAUUCAGUCCAGCCCAGCGUGCCUCCACUGUCCUGGGCGCGUCUACAAAGAUCCAAUCCCCCUGAAGUCGAUCUCUUAAGUUAGGGUGCUCAUUUGGCCACCAGCCAUUCUACUGCUUCAGUAUCUUCCCAACUGGCAUCCUGCCCCAAUUCCAGCUUGCUCGGAGCAGACUGAUUUUCCUGGAACACCACGUUCAUCAUAGAAGCAGAUGCCGUAUCAGAAAGAACGCCAUGCUAGGUCGGAGUCGAGAGACUAGGGUGGAAGUCCACGCAUCAGCCCUGACGGCUGUGUGGCUUUGGGGAAAGUGUGGCCCUACUGGAGUUCAGUUUUUCCUCCAAUAAAGUAAAGUGUUCAGCCUCCCAGGACUUAAGUCUUCUCAACUCUUUCAUGAAUUCUCUGGCCCGUCUCCUGGGGAAGUGGGAGAAUCACACGGACCCGGCUCCCGGUGUGCUCCAGAGGCUUGUGGAAGCCAGACCAGCACCAGGACUGGAAAGAUCUUGGAGACCACCUAGUGACCAUAACCUCAUUUUAACGAGGGAGAACGGGGGAGUGAGCUGAGAUCACACGGCCGCAAAGGCAGACGCAGACCCACUCUCCCCGCUCCCGGCUAAACCAGGGCCGUGCCCACGCAGGGCAACUCCCUGCACGCGGUCCAGGAACAGAUGCAGCAUCCCAAGCCAACCCAGCAAUCUCCCGGGCGUCUGACCUCCUCUGCUGAUUUCUGCCCAGAGGGCACGAACAUUUCUAGUUCCCAAGGAAUGUACACCAGCCCCCCACGGAAGCUAGGCCACCUCUGAGACGGAGCUGCUAGUUUAGAACAAACACCAGGCUCCCUAUAUAAGGACCAGCCAGCCACUGGGCACCACCUCUGCCAGGAAUCCCAGGUAGGCACUCUCUGCUCUUUGCAUGUGCGUUUGCUCACGGGUUCGACUUACUUUGUGACUGCUGGUCAUUCACUUAACUUCUCUGGGUCUCAGCAGGCCCAUCUGAGCAAAGGGGAUGCUAGGCAACUUGGGUUACUCAGGCUGCUCAGAGACAAAGCUUGGCUUAGGAGCUGGUCCCAGUACCCCAUGUCCCCAAGGGGCCUUGCUGGUUCAGCUCCAUCAUCCCAUGUUUGAAAACUUGGCACAAGCUCCUCGGAGCCUAGGCAGGUGACACUAGGGUGGACACCCCACCUCCCCACCACCCAAGUCCUACUGCCAUUCUGCCCUGAAUGGCCUUGGAAAAGACAGAGCACGCGCGUCCUUCAGUUCUCUGCCACAGUGGAGAAGGGGGGAGAGGGGAGCCCUUCUCUACUCAGCAGUCUCAACCCAGGUCGACCCCUCACCUUGUCUGCUGGGCUUUACCCAGCGAAUUCUGAGGCAAAUUGAGAGACUGAGGCAUGCUGCCUGGAGACCUCUUUCCCCCAGGCCCAUCUUUCCCCAGCCUGGCCGCAGCCAUGCUCUCCCUGGGGACCAUCUGCAGCCUACUGCUCCUCAGCAUGCUCUGGGCAGACAUGGCCACAGCAGGCUCCAGCUUCCUGAGCCCGGAACAUCAGAAGACCCAGCAGAGAAAGGAAUCCAAGAAGCCACCAGCCAAACUGCAGCCCCGAGCUCUAGAAGGCUGGCUCCGCCCAGAAGAUGGAAGCCAGGCAGAAGGGGCAGAGGAUGAACUGGAGAUCCGGUUCAACGCCCCCUUUGAUAUUGGGAUCAAGCUGUCCGGGGCUCAGUACCAGCAGCACAGCCAGGUCCUGGGCAAGUUUCUUCAGGACAUCCUGUGGGAAGAGGCCAAAGGUAAGUCCUUGCCUGGGUCAGGUUAAUUUGAUUUCCUUGGGAGUCUCAAACAUGGGCAAGUUCCCCCUCCAACCCCUGCCUCUCAAAGAGCUUCUAACUCCUCUUUCCCAGAUGCCUGCAGGAAAGGGCUGGGCUGGUACUGGCAUAAAGUCUCUGUGUUCAAAGGACACUAGGUUCCAAAACCCAGCACAUUAACUGACUUUGAGGCCCAGCUGAACCGCAAUUUUCAUGACUGUAAAACGGAGCUAACACUAUUGUGAGUGUAAAAUCAUUGGUGUUCAAACACCUUUAAUGUAUAACUUUUUUCCACAAAAGGAAUCAUUGCCACAAUAGCAUUCAGAAAUAGGCUCCAGUCAGUUAAGCAAAGGACUUUUGGUUUUGUUCUGAAUGCCCUCUGUCUUGUAAUAAAAAAACGAAAUGAGGGCCGGGCGCUGUGGCUCACGCCUGUAAUCCUAGCUCUUGGGAGGCCGAGGC